AUGAACUACAACUGGAAUGAUAAAGAUGGUGCAGACCAUGGAGACGACAUUGAUCCUACAUUUCCAAGAGCAGAAGAGUUUGAAGAUGAAGUAGCAGCUACUGCUGUUGCCAGAGCUCAGGGUUCCAAAGCAGUUGGUGUCAGAGGCUCAAGACCUCCUACAGAUGAUGUUAAUAAGGUAGCUCAUGUUGCAGUUGCAGCCCAACAAAGAUUCCGCAGACAACAACAACAAGACCAAGAACAAGGACAAUCACUGCAACAAGGACAAGUAGCGCAACAACAACAAGCAGGACAACAACAAGGUGUGCAACAAGCAGUGCAACUGCAACAAAAUUCACAACAACAACAACAACAAGCAGUGCAACAACAACAAAGAACACAACUUCUGACUGAAUUACAACAACAUGCUCAUUCUCAAAGUCCACAACCUCAAGGUCAAAUAGAUUCAGAUGAUGAAGAUAUGAAGAAAGCAGGUGCUGCUUAUAGAAGAAUAUCUAGUGACAAGAGAGCUGCUCAAAAUAGACAAGCUCAAAAGGCCUUCAGACAACGGAGAGAAAAAUACAUUAAAGAUUUGGAAGCUCAAGUUGCCGAAGUCAGUCAACUAAAACAGACAAUUGAGGAGUUACGUAACGAGAAUUUGCAAUUGAGAGACUAUACAUUGGCCUUACAAUCUAAAUUACUUGAGAUAAAUCCUCCGGGAGGACCUCAUACUUCAGCAGCCCAAGCAGCAGCAGUAGCAGCAGCUGCUUCUAUUGCCGGAGGGACCAAUGGACUGAAUUCAAGCCAUGGAUCAACAGAUGGUGUUACAGCCCCACCUGCAGUAUACACCAAGUUUAAAGGUGAAAAUUAA